CAAAGAAGUUUCGGAUCGACCGGAGCUGGAUCAAUUGUCGCCGGCGGUAGUCUCAUCGAAUGAGGGUCCAUAAGCCUAGGAACUGCAAAAACAAAGAAACAAAAACAUUAAUUAAAAAAAAUGUCGUCGGCGAGACCCUCACCGCGAAAACGGUCGCCACCUCCACGACCUCGCCGGCCUCUCCCCCUGCCUCUGCCGGCGAUAGCUUCUUCUUCGUCGGACGACAUAUCCGAGGCGGUGGCGCUUCAGUCUGGCGCAACGACGCUUCUGUCUGCGGCGGCUGGGUCAGCGGCGGCAGCGCCUUGGUUUGUGACUGCUGCUUGGCGGAGCUGGUUCGGGAGGAAGGAGUGUGAGGGAGGGGGGAAGGAAGAAGAAGGAUGAGAAAGAGAUAGGCCCGCGGCGCUUUUAAAAUUAGGUUAUAAAUUCACAGGCGCUGGCGCUGGAGACUAAGGCGCCAGCGCCUCAGACAGGUUUAAACUUUUUAUAACGCGGCCUCACCUUAGUCUCAAGCGCCACCGCCUAUGAGGCUAUGACUCUACAUAAAAACACAAUAUUUGUGUCAAUACUUUUUAGGGUUAUAGGUAUAAUAUGCCCCUCUACUAUGACGUUUUAUCAAACAUGCCCUUCUACUAUUUUUUACAUCAAACAUGCCCCUGUACUUUGUCAAAAUGAUCAAACAUGCCAUUUUGUUUAAAUAUUCAUCCAAAAACCGUUAACCAAGGUCAAAAUUUGGUUUGGGCAGCACAAAUGUCUAAAAUAUCCCUAAUAAUUUCACUUUUUUUUUGUCUUUUGUAUAGCCAAAUAAUUUCACUUUGAAGACACCCAGAGAAAUACAAUGGGAGAUAAAACUGACAUUUUCUCUCCCAUUUGCCGAUGUCGGGUCGUCUAAAUCUUGGUUCAACCAUGAUUGAUGAUUUUUUCAAUGAAAAUUUUAACAUAAGGGCAUGUUUGAUAAUUUUUUCAUAGUACAGUGGCAUGUUUGAUGUAAAAAAUGGUAAAGGGGCAUGUUUGAUAAAAUGUCAUAGUAGAGGGGCAUAUUAUCUGAAUUGCUAUUUGUCGCCCUAAAAUUUGAAUUUUAUUGCCCUAAAUUACUCCGAAAUGACGCAUUCACCCCUAUCCCAAUUCUCUCUCCCUCCGUCGUAGCUCAUUGGAAGUUACUUCAAGUCCAUUGGCCGGCGGUGGCGAUGGAGGUGGUGGUUACAGGCUUACAACAAUCGAGAAUCAAAAUUCUGUUCAUCCUUCAGCUCCGCCAUCUUAUGGGUUUUCUUCCCAUUCAUCUUGAUUUCUUCCGCCCCCAAUUCUGCCAUGAAUUCUCCUGCAGGGAGUCCCCUUAGCCCUUAGGCCAUUGAUUUCAUCCUUCUCGCCAAUUUAGUCAUCAAUUUAACUCCAAUAGAGUUAGGGUAUUGGAUGGGCGUUGCCCUUCCCUGUGCGCAGGCGAAACAAAAAAAAAACCAGAUAUGAGAUCCCCUCUGUUCAAAUCAACUUCCCCGUCUCAUCAAAAUCCGCUGCCGACAGAUCCACUUUUCGGGCGAACUUCCUUUCUCCUCUAAUCUUGGCGAAGAGCUUUGGCUUAAAUGUGUGUGUUUUUAACGAAAACCUUGGUCAUAAACAAUCAUUGGAUUUGACCCAAAUCCGGAUGACAAAGAGAAGGACAAAUAAAUCAAAUAAGGGUAUUAGAGUAAAUUUAACUUAAUUAGGGCGAUGAAUAAAGUAUUUUAGGGCGACGAAUAGCAAUGCCCCAUAUUAUACCUAUAACCAGUGGCGGACCCAGAAAUUUUACAUAGGGGUGUCCUCUUUUAAAAAAUAAAUUAAAUAAUUCUUAAAUAAUAAAUAAUUUUUAAAUAAGAAAAUACCUUACUAAUACAACUUAAAAAAUCCACGAUGUGUUUUCAUAUUCGGAAAUAAUUAUAGAAUACACUUGGUGUCUACAGUGCUCAAAAUUUUUGUCUCUAUCAUACUAGACAAUCAUUCGCGAACUGAUCACAUAUUCGAUUUCUAAACUAGUUCUUAGUGUAAUCCAAAGUUGAAAAGACUUUUUCAACACUUGUCGUCAACCAUAAAAUCAAUAUAAAUUAAGGGUAGCUUGAAAUUUAUUUAAUUGUUAAGUUUUGAAAAUAAUUAGAAAUAGGGAAUGACAUUUUACUAUUACACAGUGUUUAAAUCGAACAACAUAUGGGUUGUAGGCUAGUGGAAAUUAUGUUUAUUAAUAAUAAUAGUGUCCUAUGUUUGAAUUACCCAAACUACCACUUAUAUUCUCAUACGCAAACUAAAAUAUAAGAGUAGGAUAAUA